AUGGCCGCUACCGACUACAAGUUUGAGGGCUGGGUUGGCCUCGACGAGAAGUCCUCCGAGGGCAACAUGGUCUGGCAGGAGUACGAGCCCAAGCCGUGGGAGGAGAACGACGUCGACAUCCAGAUCACCCACUCCGGUGUCUGCGGCUCCGACAUCCACGUCCUGCGCUCCGGCUGGGGCCCCGCCCCUUACCCCGUCUGCGUCGGCCACGAGAUCGUCGGUGUCGCCGUCCGCGUCGGCUCCAAGGCCGUCGGCGGCAUCAAGGUCGGCGACCGCGUCGGUGUCGGCGCCCAGUCCGACUCCUGCCUCGGCCGCCAGGGUCCCUGCGAGCCCUGCGAGACCAAGAACGAGCAGUACUGCCCCAAGUCCGUCCACACCUACGGUCACUUCCACUACAACGGCGGCAAGGCCAUGGGCGGCCACUCAAAGUACCACCGCUGCCCCUCCCACUUCGUCGUCAAGAUCCCCGACGGCCUCGAGUCCGCCUACGCCGCGCCCAUGCUGUGCGGUGGUGUGACCGUCUUCUCCCCGCUUAAGCAGCACGGCGCCGGCCCCGGCAAGACCGUCGCCAUCAACGGCGUCGGCGGCCUCGGCCACAUGGCCAUCAUGCUCGCUAAGGCCAUGGGCGCUGACAAGGUCGUCGGUAUCUCCCGCAAGGGCGACAAGCGCGACGAGGUCCUCAAGAUGGGCGCCGACGGCUACAUCGCCACCAGCGAGGAGCCCGACUGGGCCAAGACCUACGCCAACUCCUUUGACAUUGUCAUCUCCACCGUCUCCUCCGCCAAGGUCCCCAUGCAGGACUUCCUCAACCUCGUCAAGCUCGACGGCUCCCUCGUCCAGGUCGGUCUCCCCGACGACGGCGCCUACACAAUCUCCCCCGUCCCCAUGGUCAUGCGCCGCGUCAAGUUCACCGGCUCCCUGAUCGGAUCCCCCCACGAGAUCCGCGAGAUGUGGGAGCUCGCCGCCGAGAAGGGCGUCAAGCCCUGGAUCCAGGUCCGCCCCAUGAGCGAGGCCAACCAGGCCAUCGUCGACUUGGAGGAGGGCAAGGCCCGCUACCGCUACGUCCUCGAGAACUAA